AUGCCUGACGCGGGGCACCAAGGUGGUUGGGGUGUUGGCGCAACCACUGCUCCUCCCAACCCCUUUAACGUGGCGAAGCCCCCGCCCAUUGUAAAUCCGUUUGCGAAGCCAUCACCAAACCCAUUCCUCCAAACCCGCGAAAGUAGUGCUCUAGCGGCUCCAAGUAACCCUUUUAGCGGGCUCGGCACGGCGACUAAUCCUUUCUCUUCAACAUCGUCCGCGUCUUUGGAAAGAUGGGCAUCGUCUUCACUUAGCCAAACAACAAAGAGUGCUCCUAAUGCUCACAAUCCCUUCGAACCCGCCAAACCAGAGAUACCGGCCUCGAGUCUACAGCCACCUAAACCAUCAAUAAACAUACAUCAGUCAUCGCUAGGAUCGAACUUUAAUGGGCCGAGGAGAGUUGCUGAGUUUGUACAGCCAGCAUGGCCUGAUGAAUCGAAAAAAGUCACAACGGGAAUUCCGGCCCCCGCAAGCUUGAACAAACAAAAAGGCGGGUUAGGUGCACAGAGCAAUGGGCACAAUGGUUGGCACUCACAUAUGCCUACAGCUUCCUCGGGAGCUCUUAAUCAACCUGUCAAUACACAUGAUGGCCGUUCUCGUGAACUGGCAAGCAAAAUUCAGCAACAACUUGCUCAGGACCGGAUUAAACCUCCCAAAUGGCCUGCUAACCCUGGUAGUCACGCACAGCGCCAGGCGAUGGAAAACUUCCGGGAAUCUUACAAAGCAUAUAGAGAAAAGGCGAGGAAAUCGUUGAUAAGGGCAGGUCUGAUAGAUGAUCCUGAUCAAAGACGCACAUUACAGCAAGCACUGGACUUCCGUGGAAUAUCGGAUGAGAUGUGCCCUGAGUGGGAAAAAAUAACGAGGAUUAUCGAGUACGACAUCCGAAAUCCAGAGAAAGCAGCUGACGAGUCUGGUGAUCUCGUUGCAAUACCCUCAUUGAUGGUGAAAAGAUUGGCCAGGUCAGCAGCGGGUCAGGAUGCGCCGCUUCCAAUGGACGUUCGGUCUUUUGCCACGCUUCGGAAGACCCUGGACUACCUCAUCGAUGAUUUAAUACCUAACGACAGCCUCCUACCGUCCAAGCAUAACUUCCUUUGGGAUAGGACACGAGCAAUCCGUAUCGAUUUAUCUGUGCAAAAGUAUAAUCUGACCCCAGACGAGCGGACAGACCUCAUAUACUGUCUAGAGACGAUUGCUCGCUUUCACGUUACGGCAUUGCAUCUUCUUUCACAGGAUGGGUUCGCCGCCGAGGACUUUUCUGAGCAACAGGAGGUCGAGCAGUUAGGAAAGACUCUCAUCUCGUUAAAGGAGCUCUACGAUGACUGCAUAGAGCAAAACAUUGAAUGCCCCAACGAGGCAGAAUUUCGUGGUUAUUAUAUCGUUUUUAAUGCCCGCAAUCCGUCUAUCAAAGAAACCGUGGAAGGGUGGCCCGCCCGCCUUUGGAAUACUGAUGGAAUUCGCACAGCAAUGUGUUUGGUAGAAUCUUUACAGAAUACCUGGAGUUUACAAGGGCCUCUGAACCCUUAUGCCCCAACCGAGCUUGCCUUGAGCGCAGCAGGGAUUUUCUUUUCGAUCGUUGCCUCGCCACAAAUAUCAUACACCAUGGCAUGCUUUGCAGAAAUUCAUUUUAACGAUGUUCGCAAGUCAAUGCUUCAAAUUUUGAGGAAAUCGUAUACCAGGCCGAGAGAAGGCCCGAAGGAUAUUACACCAGCGUUAUUGCAAGCACGGAUGCGGUUUGAUACGGAAGAUGAGGCCGUUGAUUUUGCCCAAAAGCAUGGUAUUGUCUUUGGCCAAGAUGGCCUCCAGCGUUACGCAAUCCUUAAUUCCAGACAGAGCAUUGAGGAUCCUCGCAUCCGUCAUGCAUUUUCUAGAAAUAUUGUCGAACGCAAACGCUCGGAUCGCUCUCUUCCUGAUGUCAUACAUCAAACCGUCUUUGACAUGUCCUCGGACGACGCAAUCUCAAUGUCUAGUCAAGGCGACAGUUUAUUCGUCGCGGACCAGUCACACAAUGCUUCUUCCGGCAUUUCAAAUGGCUUUGUACUUAGUAGCCAAGCAGAAAGCCUUCCCUCAACAAUACCCUCCAGUUCCUCGGUCGUAUCCAACAGUCGAUUACCAAAUGGCACAAACUCCCCAUGGUCGCAACCACUAGCCCCACCUAAUUCAGACGCAAAUCAACCCGCCCCAACACCACAGAUCUCAGUCGCCUCGCCCAUAUCUGUAUCUACGUCUGCGCUAGCACAGGGGUCUAAAUAUCAAACGACCAGCAGCUUGUCCACCCAGCCCUAUAUUCCGCCACCAGGAUUAAACCCGGGCUCUACGAGUAGUAGUGGGCAAAGAAGUCAAGCAACUACCAAUACAACCACACUAAAUCAAGGCAGCCUGGGAAAUGCUACUACAGCCCCCGAUACCAGCACUGAUAGCGUUUUCUCCUCCUUGAACCAACCCAAGGCCCCUGAUAAGGAAGAAUCAACAACACAGGCAGACAAUACCUCUACAAAGCCAUCUUUGUUCUCUGACAUUAAUGGUUCGGCCAGACUGCCUGCAGCAGCAACGGCUGAGCCUUCACCUGCCCACACUCAAAGCAAACUCGUCCCCAAUCAUGGGCCUUCAUUCGAACAACUGAUACCGAAAUUAGACACAAAUGCAUCGAAAUUUCCACCAAAAUCUAGCCUAAACAUAUUGCCUGCUAAGCAAGGCAGCAAUGCAAAGGAGCCAUUAUCACCUGGCGAAUUGCCUCCAAUAAAGUCCAAAUUGGAGCGAGGGGAAUCAACCGCUGCCCAAAUGAUGCCAAGUGUCAUCACCCCAAAGAGAAACCCAAUGGAAGACUUUACCAGGUGGUUUGUCCUAGCCGAUCAAGGUCUGCUCGAAGACGAAUUACAGUCACUUGCAGUUGGGCAGAUACUGAAGUCUGUAUGGAAAGAUUUUCAAGCUAUCGAGGAGGCUCGGAUUCGACAAGAGGAAGACGAGAAAUCUUGGGCGGAGGCGCUCAAGUUUCGCCAUUAUAGCCUUAAAGUUACCUACUUCUACCGUUGGCUCGAUAUUACCCGUAAACGAAGGAUCAUCAAGCGUAUCCAGCUUGAGAAGGAAAAGGCUCGAAAAUGGAAAUCACCUAAACUUGUGGCAGAGCGCGAAGCUGCCGAAGCAUCAAAGAGGGAACGGGAUAUUGAAGAGGCGAAGGAACUUGUAGGGAAGCGAACGAAGGAGCACGAACGAGAAACAAGGAUGCGAGAGUCGACGCAGUCCCAACAAAGUCUUGAGGAAGCUUUGCUAGCGACAGGUGUCUUCAGUGGAGUACGAGACGAAAGAGCAGCCGCUCGCGACGCCGCUCGUAACGAUAACUUCGACGCCACAUCUGACAUAUUUCCGGCAGAAAAGCUAAGAUUACGCUCUGAAAACCAACGGCGACGGAAACGGGGUUUGCCGCCAUUGAAGCGGUACCCUGAAGCACAUGCCUCUAGAGAAGGUUCCAAAACUGCUAUGCUUCGUGCAAUUUCCAGUGGCACCGGCCGAGAUACCUUGUCCUUGUCAACCGGUAGCUUACGGCAUUCGACAUUUAGCUCCAGUUAUCGGUCAAGCUUGGGCUUUAAUCAGAGCCGGAUUUCUAAACCUCGACCAAACGUUUCAGACCCUUAUUGGCGGAUGAAAGCGAACGGGCUAGUACAGAUGCCUAAUGGGGAAUAUCUUCAUGAGACACUUGCACUGCCUAUGCUCAGAGAAGGGAAGAGAUAUCCAGGACUGGGAGACUACGGUCUGCCGCCCGAAACAUCGUUCACGCCAAGCGCGUCGCCGCCUACCCGUCUUAUUUCAGGAACAGACGCCGGCUCACCGACAGCAGCUGAGUCUCUGGAAAGUGAUCGAACAGGUAGAUCACCAUCUGUCAUAGACGGAGCUACGCAAAAGCGUAAACGUGGCCAGGCCGAAGACGACGAUCUAAUUGCGUACCGAAAUGAGGCGCCGACGGGCCGAAAGCGGGCCAAGAGUAAUGAUCAUUACUGCGCAACAGAUCCAAGUUCAGAUCAGGAUUUCCUUGACAGCAUCGACAUCCUUCUCGGCAAGGUUGAUGCUGCGGCCAAGUCUUCAGCAAUGUAA